AUGGCAAAACAUGCACAACUUGUAAUGGGUCCUGCUGGUAGUGGAAAGUCAACCUAUUGUGAUGCAAUGAGAAAAUAUUGUGAAGAAAUUAAAAGAGUAGUACAUGUAGUUAAUUUAGAUCCAGCAGCAGAGGUAUUUGAAUACCCAGUGUCGGUAGAUAUCAAGAAUUUGAUCACCGUAGACGAAGUAAUGGAAGAAUUGGAAUAUGGACCAAACGGAGGAUUGGUCUAUGCAAUGGAAUACUUGAUCGAGAAUAUGGAUUGGUUUACCGAUGAGAUUGGAGACUAUGACGAAGACUAUCUUAUUAUCGAUUGUCCGGGUCAAAUUGAAUUGUACAGUCAUAUCCCAGUCAUGCGUACACUCGUAGAAACACUCAAACAAAAUGGUUACAAUGUAUGUGCAGUCUUUUUAGUAGACUCUCAAUUCAUUCUAGAUAGUUGUAAAUUUAUCUCUGGAUCUCUCAUGUGUCUCUCUGCAAUGAUUCGUCUAGAAGUACCACAUAUCAACGUUUUAACCAAAGUUGAUAUUAUCAAAAGAUCUCAACAAAUUAAAGAUAUUGAAAGUUUUCUUGAAAUGGAAGUACCAGAUAUUGUAGAAAGAUUAGAUAGUGAAACACAUAAUAGAUAUCAUAAAUUAAAUAGAGCAAUUGGAAAACUUCUUGAAGAUUAUAGUUUAGUUAGUUUUUUACCUUUGGAUAUUACUGAUCAAGAAAGUUUAAAUGUUCUAUUACAACAUAUAGAUAAUUCUAUACAGUACGGUGAAGAUGUGGAGCCACAGGACCCCAAAAAUGAUUUCCCAGAUGAAGAAGAUGAAGAUGAUUAUGAUAUCUAA